AACCGGCUGCCGGCAUUUAGUUGUUGGUCCGCCACUGCAAAAGACUACACUAGAGCGCCGCUCUUGCCUCUGAUCUGUCAGUUCCAGCCCGAAGAUACCCUAGUUAAUUCGAAGAUGUUAAAGAUGAUUCUUACUCGACAGAAAGUCAAUGCAAUAGUUUUGAUAUCGCUCUCCUGUGUGAUACUGUAUUUGGCCCGGGAGAGGAAACUGCCAGUGGUCUUGGUAGACACAGCUAAGAAAGUUCAAGAACAGCUGAUGGUGGUCGAUGACCAAAGUUGGCUCAAAGGACCCGUAGAGGCCGACGACCCUAGGCUCCUGAAGGUGGUCAAGGAGAGGUUUUUGAUCCCGCCGUCGACGCUGCCUUACAAUCUGUCAACACCAGCAGAGACUAAAAGAUACUACCCCUCAAGUAAUGUUUCUAGUUUCCACUUCAUUGACUACAACGUCAAAUAUUUCUUUGGGGACCAGAAGACGGGCGUCUUCCUCGACUCGGGGGCUCUCGAGGGCGACAUCUUCUCGAACUCCCUUUGGCUGGAAAAAGAACGAGGAUGGACCGGUAUCCUGGUGGAGGUCGACCCCAACAAUUUCCGCCACCUGGUACAGAAGAGGAGGAAGUCCUGGCUCUCCAAUACUUGCAUUGCGAGGGGCCCGUACCCUCAGCGGGUCAGCUUCGAGUUCUUGGAUGGCCCUCCUACCCAUGGUAUGCUGUGGGUUUAUCGCUCUAACUCUAGAGCAAUAGAUUCGCCAUUCUUCCGCGGCCAGGACCACUGGAGCAAAACCGCCAAUAAGACUCACCAAGUGAUGCAGUGUCUCCCUUUAGCUUCUUACUUCUUGGCCCUGAACCUCAAAACACUGGACUUCCUGUCCCUCGACAUCCAGGGCUUUGAGGCGGAUAUUCUUCGUUCGAUUCCCUACGACAAAGUCAAAGUGAGACUCAUGGCUGUGGAAUAUUAUUACGAGGAAGAUGACGGUCGUCUCAGCGGUGGUAAAGUUGACCCUAAACUUGUCAGAUUUAUGGCAGGAAAAGGCUACGUCCUCGUCGAUUUUGACCCUGAGGGUAAUUACAUCUUUGCACUAAAAGACGACCCGCAGCUGAAAGAGAAACUAGAUGAAAAGAAGUAUGUUAAAUAUUAUACAAUGAUGAACAACAAGAAGAAACCCAAGCCGUAGGCAAUGAGUAAAACAGAGGAUGAUGCAUGAUAUUUUCUCGGGAAUUUAUGUGUGAGCUCAUUUUUAAUGUUUAUAAUCAUUCAGCUGAAAACAUUCAUUUUCGAUGUAUUUUUCGGACAGCUAUGUUUUAGCUGAAUGGCAGUUGUAUGAUGCCCAGGAAAGAAAACUUAGAUCUCACAUGAUACAGUUCCAAAUUUGUCAUUGUUUACUGAAACAGGACAUAUCAUGCAGAUGUUAUUUCAGUACUCAGCUGCCGACAAGAUUAAAAAAAAAAUUACUUUGGCAGUCAAAUUGUUUUACGUCGUAUUACCGGUUGGUGUGUCCGUUUGACUGUCCACCUGUCUUUCCCAGCAUACAUACACGUGUGUGUGUGUGUGUGUGUGCGUGCUAUACAAAAUCACCUCGAUUAAAUUAGAUUCUAGUUUUUACAUUCACCUUUAAAAUAAUAUUACAUAUAUGUCUUUUCCUUUUCGUAGAUGCAUUUGCAUUAUUGUUUGGUUUCGACACAC